AUGCUCUCCACACGCACAGUUCCGCGACGGAUCACCCUCUCCGCACGACGGUGGGCGCAUGUAUCUGCCUCGAGCGCAUCCCGAAAGCCGCUCAAACCCGUCGCCCCCGAGGAUGUUGCCCACUUUUCCAAAAUUCUCCCGCAGACUGCCAUCCUUUCCACGCUCGCACCAUCAGCCCUACCGUCUUCCGAGCUAGAGCCAUUCAACAAUGAUUGGAUGGGAAAAUAUCAUGGCCGUGCAACCACGGUGCUGCGACCACAGACGGCCGAGCAAGUCAGCAAGAUCAUGCAGUGGUGUUAUGAGCACAGGAUAGGCGUCGUCCCACAAGGUGGAAAUACUGGCCUUGUGGGCGGCAGCGUGCCAGUCGGUGACGAGCUCAUCAUCAACUUGGGAAACAUGAACAAGGUGCGGUCGUUUGACCCUGUGUCAGGUGCAUUGGUAGCCGAUGCGGGAUGUAUUUUGGAAUCGCUGUCCGAGUACAUUGCUCCUCAUAACCACAUCAUGCCCUUGGAUCUAGGAGCGAAGGGAAGUUGCCAAAUUGGUGGGAAUGUCGCUACCAACGCGGGGGGGCUCCGCUUGCUCCGGUACGGCUCUUUACACGGGUCUGUCUUGGGCCUCGAAGUUGUUCUGCCGGAUGGCAGCAUCCUUGAGAACCUAUCUACGCUCCGCAAGGAUAAUACAGGCUAUGACCUCAAGCAGCUUUUCAUCGGAGCAGAGGGGUCGUUAGGGAUCAUCACUGGAGUAUCGAUUGCAACACCCCCCGCACCACAGGCGACGAACAAUGUCAUCCUCGCGCUGCCCAAGUUCGACAAUGUCCUUCCACUGUUCAAAACUACCAAGCAACACCUUUCCGAAAUUCUCUCUGCAUUCGAGUUCAUUGACCGAACAGCCUACGAGCUGGCUGUGAAACACGGCCAGGGCAAAGCGCUCAGUGAAAGUGAAAUCGAUGGUGCGGAAUGCUUCGUCCUGCUGGAGACGAGCGGGGGAAAAAGGGAACACGAUGAAGAGAAACUCAAUACACUCCUCGAGACGCUCAUGGAUGCGGACGAGCCGCUCAUUACCACCGGCGUCGUUUCGCAGUCGCCAGCUCAAUUUGCACAACUCUGGCGAUUGCGUGAGGGCGUAACGGAAGCUGUGUCCAAAGAGGGCAAAGCUUACAAGUACGAUAUCUCGGUUCCCCUGGCAUCGUUUAAGGAUGUCGUGGACAUAGUCCGUGAGCACCUGAGGAAACAGGGGCUGCUACACGAGGACGCUGUGAAGCAUGUCAUCGGGUACGGACAUGUAGGUGACGGCAAUCUACACCUCAAUAUCGUCGCCGCUGCAUAUGCUCCCGAGAUUGAGGCUGCUCUUGAACCCUUUGUCUAUGAGCUCGUCGCUUCUUAUAAUGGCUCCAUAUCUGCAGAACAUGGCCUUGGUGCCAUGAAGGCGCAUGCUAUCCACUACUCAAAAAGCGGGGUCGCCGUGGAUCUAAUGAAGAGGAUCAAAGAGCUGUUCGACCCGCGGGGAAUCAUGAACCCAGGAAAGGUGCUGGAAAUCUGA